AUGGGUCUCGUCAAUGUCUUCACCAGAGCCGCUAGCCUAGCGGCUGUGUCGUGCUUCUUCCCCUCCACAGCAGCCGCUGCGGCGACGAGCGUCCCGAGCGCUGUCAUCCCGCAGGGAACCAUUCGAGGCUUCCGCGACACACACGGCAAUUCGGUCUUCUUGGGCGUCCCCUUCGCCGCUACGACUGGCGGGAAGAACCGAUGGCGUGCCCCUCAGGAUGUGCCCGCCUCGAAUGCGGCAUUCGACGCGACAUCGUACGGUUCGACCUGCCCCCAGGCCAUCAGGGGCACCUUGUUCUCUCAGCAGGGCGAGGACUGCCUGAAUCUCAAUAUCUGGGCGCCCGCCACGGGUGAGAACCUGCCUGUCUUUGUCUACAUGUACGGCGGUGCCAUGGUCACUGGCUCAAGCAGCGAUCCCCAGCUGCAAGGAACCAACUUUGCUCGUAACGAUGUCGUCUACGUCAACUUCAACACGCGUGAGAGCAUCUUCGCCUCGCCGUACUCGUCCGAGCUGGAUGCUGCCAACCCCGGCGAGUCCCAGAACUUCAGCAUUCUUGAUGUUGAGAAGGCCCUUAACUGGGUUCGCGAAAACAUCAAGGCUUUUGGUGGUAACCCUGACCACAUCGUCUUUGGUGGACACUCUUCGGGCUCCGUGCAGGUGGACCACUAUCUCUGGAACCACCCUGACACCUGGCUCAAGGGUGCCGUUGAGAUGAGCGCCAACGCCCUGUCUGGCCCCGGCUACGCGCCCCAGAAUGAGGCUCUGGACAUCGUUGCCGCCGAGGUCGGAUGCCCGGCCGGCGGCCAGGGCCAGAUCGACUGCCUCCGUGAAGUUGAUCUCUACGCCUUCCAGACUGCCAACUUCAACGCAACCUCCAACACCUGGUUCACUCCCGUCAUCGACGACAUCACGCGCCACUCCGACUAUGCCGGCGCUUCGCCGCCGGCAAGUACGCCUCGCACCAGCGCCCAGGACACCUGGGUCUACCGCUUCUUCGGCGCCUACGACAACGUCGUCGGCCCCCCCGGCACGGCUCCCACCCACGGCACCGAGGUCCCCUUCUUCCACGGCGGCAACGAGUGCUUUGAGAAGCUCUCGGGCGUCACGGCCGCCCAGCAGGCCCUUGCCGACUCCAUCCACGGCUGGUUUGUGCAGUGGAUCAAGAACCCGGCUGCCGGUCCCGGCUGGGACAAGGCCAAGCCCAAGUCCGGCCCGCUCGUCAAGCUCGGCGUGCCUGCCGAUGAGCUGUCGCUGAUCAAGGGCACCACUGACGAGUUCAACAGCCGCUGCCAGAAGGUGUACAACCCGAGGUUCAACAAGUACCCCGUCGUUCAGUCUGUCGAGGGCAUCCUGUGA